CUGGAACUUCACAGCCUGCGGAAAAGCCCUUUGCUUUCUACGAACAUGAAUCUAUUCCUGUUCAGUUUUUUGCUGUUUCCCAUCUUUUGCGCAUCUAUGCCUCAUGGCGUAUGUACUCAGCGCAAGUGUGUAAUAGAGUGUCGGAAAGCGGAUUACAGAGAUGGAGAAUGUGUACGAAAGGCUACGACUUUCAAUAUCAAGCUAGUGUGCAAAUGCUAUGCUUUUUAUAAAAAGUAAGACAUUCAACAUGUAUGCUUACAAAGCACACUUACGAAUGUCUCCUAUUUUGUUUAUGAAUGUUUCAAUUUUUUGCACAAUAAAGCAUUUACUUCAA